UCCGGCAUUGCCAUGAGCCACGGUGUGGCUUGGAUCCCACGUUGCUGAGACUGGGGCGUAGGCCAGUGGCUAUAGCUCUGAUUCGACCCCUAGCCUGGGAACCUCCAUAUGCUGCAGGUGCGGCCCUAAAACAAACAAACAAACAAAAAAACAAAAAAGAAAGAAAAGAAAAAGAACAGCCAGCUCUCCAUUUGUUUGGUUCUAGGCUCACUGGGCGGCCUCCAGAGGGUCUCAAGGUGGGACUUGCCAGGCCCCCAGGCACAUCCCCAGAACAGGUGCCCCUGUGGCAGACCGCUUGUGUUUCUCUCGUUCCUGGAAAUUGAGUCAGUGAGAAUCUAGGCCUGAGGCUACUGGGAUGUAGCGCCCCAAGAAUUCCACCCAAACCUCUGACCACCUUCCUAUGCACCUGUCUGACUUUUUCCUCUCUUCCCCCACGCACCCCACAUCUCAGCCUGGGGACUGUUGCUGUGCUGGGCCCUAUACCUGGAGAGCCAGCCCACUCCACCCUGGGUGCCUCCAUCCACCCAAGAAGCCAUUCCUGCCCCUUCCAGCCAGAGGUGGCCCCAGGGCUACGGGCUCCCCCGAAGCCUGCCCCGAAUGCCCUGUGGGUGUGCGCUGCUGUUGACUGCCUUUCCAGCAGUCCUCCUGCCAGCACUGCUCGAGUUCCGCUGUGGUAAUAGUAUCCCUCGUCACAGCUGAGCCCUCAUUCGGGGGACACAAUCUCUGUCUCCCCCACGGCCCCUGACUCUGUCCCCGGUACAGAGCACUCAUUCAUUCAUUCAGCACUUAAUCACCGAGUGCCUGCUGUGUGCCAGGGCUGGGCUAGGGGCCAGGGCGCAGACCUGCUGGCUGCAGGGGGGAUCGUGUCUGUGUUUGGGGACGUACGUUUUGCACACAUCCUGGGUGUGCGCGCACAGCACGAGCACCUCUGUCAUCUGAGUGUGUGUCCCUUAGGCUGUGCCUGUGUGUAGUCUUGCCAGCCUUGAGCAUGCUGAUUCAUUCAGCAAGUGGCUGUUGAGCACCUUCCAAGGAAGUGCCAGGUCAUGACCCUGAAGGUGAGUGUCCCAGGGUCUUUGCCCUUGGGAAGUGUCCAUCUUGUGUGGCCUUCGCAGUGCCGAUUGGCAGGGAUGGGGGCCAGCGGAGGUGGGGUGGUCAGGUUGGCAUCCUGGAGAGUUGGGGAGAAGGGUUGGGGAGUCUUCCUGCCCUGCUGUGAGUGCGCUCUCUGAUCCCCCCAUGGCCCUGGGACCCAAGCUGGCACUCCUUGCUGGUCUCACUGCGCUCAAGUCCCCGGAAGGCUGGUGGGGCUGGAGCUUGGGGUCGCCGCUGUGAGUGCUGCUGCUGCUUCUGGGAGCAGAAUACAGUGCUCUGAAGAGGAAGCCUGUUGGCUGGAGAGCCCAGCCUACAUUCCUUUCUACAAGAGGAGAGCCUGGGGACCAGAUCCCAAAACACAGCACCUAGAAAGUAGAACGCCUCCAUUCAGACCAGAGAAGCUGGAAUACGGAAUUCCGAGUGGGGAAAUGGAGCAGCAACCCUAGAGUGCUGCCUCCUGGAACGUGGAAGGUGGAUGCUGGCCGGCGCUGGAAGAUCAAAUUCAUACCCCCAGGGCUCAGAGGUCCAGAGUGGGAAGCUGAGGCCCAGAGAGGAUGGGGAGGUCCUGUGUCUUGGUGGGCAGCAGUGGGCACGUGUGUGGUCGCUGCCGAGCCGGGCCCUUCCGUGGCCUGCCGGUACCUGACCUUGGGCAAAACCUGGCCCUGCUGUACGUCUUUCCUCGUCUGUGAAGUGGGCUUGUGAAGAUGAGAUGAAGCACAUCCCUAGGAAUGCUGCUCUUGGUGCCCAGGGUCUCCGGGGAGGUUAGUGGCUGAGACCAGGACCCCCCACCUGUAACGACUUCCUAAUCUGUGCUGGUUCUGUCGCUGCUGUUUCAUUCCCUCUCUCCUGCUGCACAGGCUGUGGGAAGUUUGAGCACUUGCGGGCCUGUUCCAGAACGCUCUCUGGAUCCAGCAGGCGGGAAGGACUAAGGAAUUAAAAGCAGCAAUAGAUUGGUGGCUCCCAUGAAAUUAAGGAGCAGGGGCCCGGCGCCUGCAGCACUGGGUGACGGCGAAGACUUUCUGAGAGUCCCUGGUGGGGACAUUAGGUCCUGACCCAAGGGAGCUGUGGCCCUUCCUAGACAGGGGUGGACAGGGAGGAAUCAGGGAGGGAAGAAAGCAAAGUCCUAUUGUUCAGUGUCACGGAGGCUCACCAGGUGCCCAGAGCCACGAGCCAGCCAGCUAUGCACCUGCUCCGUCAGGACCGCUCCCAGCAGGAGCUUAAGUGUGGCGCUCAGGUUUCCAGGUCGCAGGAGCUGCAGGCUCUGGGCCCGGGCGCAGCCCCAAACCCCUCGGAGGACCCAGCAGGCGGGUGUUAGCGGCGCCCUUUAUGCCUCCACAGACAGGCCUGGGAGACAGUAGGAGUUUUGCUUGGGGUCUCAGAGCUCUGAGUGGCAGAGCCAGGGUUCAAGCCCAUUUCCCCCUCAGCAGUGGUUCGUGGAGCACCUACUGUGUGCCAGGCAUGGUGCUGGGCACUCAGCACGCAGCAUGAACGGCACAGUGGCGAGGAUCCUAACCUGCUUGAAGCUGUGGCUUCAUUUUCCAUCUUCCUUCCCGUGCCUCCCCCGGCCCGGCCGCCAGCCGUCCUGUUGCUCGGGCGCUCUGAAGGCUGGGGCCGUUUCCUGGGUCGCACUUCACCCUGUCGACCUGUGGAAGGGCCGCUUAGGACUCACAUAGCUGAGUCACUUCGCUGGGACACGCAGAGCCCGAGGCCCUACUGCUGGCAGUUCCCAGCCACAGACCAGGCCUGAGAGCCCCGCGGCCUUGACCUAGAGGUGCAGGUGUGGGCCUGUGGGGAGGGGCUCUCGGGCACCAGGUCUGAUUUACGUCGUCCCCCUCGAAGGACCCCGGAGAGGGUUACUCCAGACAGAAAGAGUGAAUGCCUUGCCAGGGGUGGACUUGGACGUGGGGCCAGGCGGUAGAGGCGCUGUUUGGGGGUCUCUCUGAGCCCCCAACUUCUCAUCCGUGGCCAGCCUCUGCUCCCGCCCCCAGAGAGCCCCUCAGGCCUGCCUCCUCCCACCUCCUCCCCCCCCAGGGGUGGUGCAGGUGAAUGGCUGGGUUCUCUGCCGGCCAGAUUCGGAUUCAGACCCAGGUCUCCCAGUCCUCCCCCACCCCUGGCCCCCACUUUGGCUGGGACACGGGGUCCUCUCAGUGGAGAGUGGACUUCCGAGGUCCGCAUGUCCCCUCUACUUCCCACUGGAAUGCCCUGCAGUCCCUUGGGAGGCAGGGCACAGUUCAUGGUGACUUCCGCUACCUGGAGAGGGAGCAGGGCGAGGCCCCAAGCGGAGCUGGGCUGGUGGUUUACUGAGCAUGGAGCACGGACAGGCCCCUCCCUUGGGAGCCAGAAACCCCGCUGCUCCCACCUCCUCAGCACCUGGCUCUGGGGAGUGGCAUCUGCAGGGUGGGGCUGCCUCCCUCUGCGGCUCGGUUUGUACCUGUGUGAGGACGCUGGGGCCCCGUGAAGGGAGGCCACCCAGCUAAGAAGAGGUGGAGCCAGGAAACCAGCCCCAGUGGAGGGCAGAGGUGGGUAAAGGUUAGGAAGCCUGGCGCAGCAGCUCAGACAGGACACUGCCUUACCUGGCAGGCCACCCCAGGACCCAAGGAUGAAGAUGAGACGCUACAAGCUCUUUCUCAUGUUCUGCAUGGCCGGCCUGUGCCUCAUCUCCUUCCUGCACUUCUUUAAAACCCUGUCCUAUGUCACCUUCCCCAGGGAACUGGCCUCCCUCAGCCCUAACCUCGUGUCCAGCUUCUUCUGGAACAAUGCCCCGGUUACACCCCAGGCCAGCCCCGAGCCAGGUAGCCCAGACCUGCUGCGAACCCCUCUCUAUUCCCACUCGCCCCUGCUCCAGCCGCUGUCCCCGAGCAAGGCCACGGAGGAACUCCACCGUAUGGACUUUGCGAUGCCGGAGGACACCGCGGAGUAUUUCGUGCGCACCAAAGCGGGGGGCGUCUGCUUCAAGCCAGGUACCAAGACGCUGGAGAAGCCCCCAUCCGGGCGGCCAGAGGAGAAGGCGGAGGUGGGCGACGGCUCGUCCGCGCGGGGCCCGGCCCGGCACCUGCUGAGCACGCGGGAGCGGCCGGGGGCCCGCAGCGCGCGGCGCAAGUGGGUGGAGUGCGUGUGCCUCCCGGGCUGGCACGGGCCGAGCUGCGGUGUGCCCACAGUGGUGCAGUACUCCAACCUGCCCACCAAGGAGCGCCUGGUGCCCCGGGAGGUGCCGCGGCGGAUCAUCAACGCCAUCAACAUCAACCACGAGUUCGACCUGCUGGACGUGCGCUUCCACGAGCUGGGCGACGUGGUGGACGCCUUCGUGGUGUGUGAGUCCAACUUCACGGCCUACGGGGAGCCGCGGCCGCUCAAGUUCCGCGAGAUGCUGACCAACGGCACCUUCGAGUACAUCCGGCACAAGGUGCUCUACGUCUUCCUGGACCACUUCCCGCUGGGCGGGCGGCAGGACGGCUGGAUCGCCGACGACUACCUGCGCACCUUCCUGACGCAGGACGGCGUGUCGCGGCUGCGCAACCUGCGGCCCGACGACGUCUUCAUCAUCAACGACGCCGACGAGAUCCCCGCGCGCGACGGCGUGCUCUUCCUCAAGCUCUACGACGGCUGGACGGAGCCCUUCGCCUUCCACAUGCGCAAGUCGCUGUACGGCUUCUUCUGGAAGCAGCCGGGCACCCUGGAGGUGGUGUCGGGCUGCACGGUGGACAUGCUGCAGACGGUGUACGGGCUGGACGGCAUCCGCCUGCGCCGCCGCCAGUACUACACCAUGCCCAACUUCCGCCAGUACGAGAACCGCACGGGCCACAUCCUGGUACAGUGGUCGCUGGGCAGCCCCCUGCACUUCGCCGGCUGGCACUGCUCCUGGUGCUUCACGCCCGAGGGCAUCUACUUCAAGCUCGUGUCUGCCCAGAACGGCGACUUCCCCCGCUGGGGUGACUACGAGGACAAGCGGGACCUCAAUUACAUCCGGAGCUUGAUCCGCACGGGGGGCUGGUUCGACGGCACGCAGCAGGAGUACCCGCCCGCGGACCCCAGCGAGCACAUGUAUGCCCCUAAGUACCUGCUCAAGAACUACGACCAGUUCCGCUACCUGCUGGACAACCCCUACCAGGAGCCCAAGAGCACAGCGGACGGUGGGAGGCGGAACAAGGGUCCCCAGGGAAGGCCGCCCGCCAGAGACAAAUUGGACGUGGUCGAAGGCUAAGGCUGCAUGAUCUCAUAGGGCCAGUGGCAGGGGUGGGUGCCGCUGCCGCUCCUGCUACCUUCCCACCUCCUUCUGCCUUCUGGCUGGUUCUUAAGAGGACCAAGAGUGGAUGGGUGGGCAUGUCUUUCCUGUUCAAGCCCUUGUGAAUCCAGGGUCAGGCUUUGAGCUCAGAAAACAUCCUUCCUCGUCAGGAGAGGAGAGCAGGACCUGCUGCCCGUCGAGAGCACUGUGGCCAGGAGGUGCCCGGAGAGCAUGCAUGGUGGUCACGGCCAGGGGGUGGUGCCGGGUGGGGAAGGGCGCCUGCGGAACUCCCUCGGGCUGCCAGGUGGGAGCCGCAGUCCCCCCAGGGAGAAGCCCAUCCUUUGGCCUCCUGGGUCUUUGUACCCACAGUGGGAAAAGGGGGGAUGCCAGGAGAUGCAGGGCUCUGUGAAUAGAUGCACUUGAGCCCAAGAGGAAGAAGGGACCGCAGGGUGGGAGGGGAUGAAAAAUGGCAUCCAGCUGGGAGGGAGCGCCGAUGGAUGCUUUGCAGGGUCCUGAGGAGAGCUGGGCGGGCGGUGGGAGAGCUCCACCACCUGCCCUCCAGGACACACUGUACGGUGGCCCUGUGCUCCCCAGCCCCUCCGGAUCUGACACAGGCGUGGGGCCUGGGGACAUCUGGGAAGUCUUCCUUUUGGUUCCAGACCUGCCCUUGACAUUCCUUCCGUUUUAUACCUCCAUCUUGUGCCACCCACCCCCCACCCCCCAGUCCUGGCAAGGCCAGGUGUCCAGCUCUCAGAAUGGGACGGGACCAUCAGCCAACCUCGUAGGUCAGACCCGGGGGGAGGAGCCUCCCCCUCCCCAUCACCCCUUCCCACUGGAACCCACAGUGCCAGCUCUCCACCGUCACAGGUGGAGUCACCCAAGUGCCCCUCCUUGGGGCUGCCUCGGGGCCAGGAAGGAGCCACAAGCCUGCCCUCGGCCCAAGAGGGACAGUAAGGCCAGUCCUGUGUCACCUCAUUCCUUCGUUGCCUCAUGGGGGAGGGGGAUGUAUUUGCUAGAGUAGAUUCUAAACCGCUGUAAUUAAGAGACCCCAAAAUACAGUGAGUGAAGGAAGGCCGAAGCCUGUUUCUAACUCCCCCCCCGGGGAGGGAGACGGCCUGGCUCUAGCAGGCAGCUCUGCUGUCUGCCCUUUGUCACACCUUCCAAUUCCAGACAGAGGGGUUGCUGCAGCGCCCACCGUCAUGUGUGCGUCCACGCCUGGGGGACUCAGAAUAGACAUGGGGAGGGCACACCCUUUCUGGUAAGAGCAUGAGCUAGAGGUGGCACAGUCACUUCUGAUGGCAUCUCACUGGCCAGGACUUAGUCACAUGGCUGCUAGUAGCUGCAAGGGAAGCUGGGAAGAGUAGUUUUCGGCUGGGCUGCCCCGUUCAUUUCUUAAAGGAAGGAGAAGGGGAUGGGUGUGGGGACGAGGAGCAUGGCUGGCAGAGGGGGAGGACAGAGGGUAGAAUGAGUGCUUCCGCCGCCUCACUGGCCACCCAGGGCCCGGGUGUGGUGAGAGCCUGCAGUUGUGGGCAGGAUGAACACCCCCUCCCCCAAGCCCCCUCAGGCGUUUACCCAGUAAUGCCAGGACGCAGAGCCUACCUGUGGAAUGGUGCCCGUUUGUGCGCGUGUGUGUGUAUUUAUGGGCAUGGGUGCAUGCUUGGUGUGUACUUGUACGUGUCUACGUCGGUGUGUCCCUGUACAUAGAUGCUUGUGUGUGGAGGUGAGAGCAGGGCCCAGGCCGCCCCUUUCCGGGGACCUGGAGCCUGUGGCCACACCUCCUGCAACUCCCCAAAACGACUGAGGCUGACAGCCACUUGGGGAGCCUGGAAAGCAAGGCGAAAGGGGACGUGGGGGCCAUCUGUCUGUCUGUCUUUCAGUCCACGGAAUAAGAAGCCGCCUGGCCUGAGGGCUGUACAGCUGCAAGCCCGCUACCUCUCUGCCCCCUUCUCCAGGCUGGCCGGGGGGCCCUGGCCUCCGGUCCACUGGCUCAGGGGCAGGAGAAGGAAUUGGGGAGGAGCUUAGAGCCACCUGGCCCCACCUCCCCUCUCAGACCCCAGAGGGCCAGGCACGUUCAUGGUCACCGCCAAGUGGAGGCCUGGCCACGGAGCGGAGGGGACAGCUGGCAGAGGGGUGGGGGGCCAAGGCAUGGGGUUGAAGAAUUUCACUUUUACUCACAUCAUACACUGGGAAUUUCGGGGGCAGGGGAACCCUGGGCCACUCCCCCAGUAUUAAAGGGAAGCCAAACUGUGAAUGUGACCGCCAGCGCACUGCUGGCCCUGUCACCAGAGCCAGCUUUCUUCCCCGGGGAACCACUGGCCCGAUGGCCUCCAGCCUCAAGGAGGCCCGGCCCGCCUUCGGGUCACGCUGGUUCCCACGGGCAGGCGUGGGAGAGCUUUGGGGGCAAAGGUGACCGUCGGGGUGGGGAAACACAACUUGCCCGAGCAGCAGGCAGGGCCCUGGGAAACGUGUAAGUUAAGGACACCAGUAAUAACAAUAGUAUUAUUUUUUUUGUAAGGGAAAAAUCAAUAUGUACAUUCUGAAAUCAUUUUCUCUGUAAAUGGUUGGAUUUCAUUUCACCCUUAAAGGGAUGUUUAAAGGAAAAGAUAAUAUUAAUAAUAAAAGCAGCUACAAAGUC